CUGGAACGCGCAGCAGCUGCUGGUUCAAUAACGGAGAAGCCAGUAACAGCCGAGGCAUUCCACCAAAUUGAGCUUCCUGCCGCUGAUCCGGACGCUAAUGGAAUUCGUCAUUACCAUUUCAUUGUGGAGUUCGAGACUACAAAGACAUUUCUCUUCUCCGAUCGGCCGAAGACGAUCGAGCUGCAGCUCGAGGCAGCCAUGCAAUGCCCCACUCCAAUCCACUGA